AUGAAGGCCAGGCUAAAUUUUUCGAAUAGUCAAAGUAACCAAUUAGCAGUCAUAGAAGAGGCAGAUGAAGCAUUUGUUACUGAAGCUGCUAAUAAUUGACAAAUCCAGAGGAAAAAUAAGAGCAGUCUGAUCCUGAGUCAAGAAGGAUCGCUUCCCAAACCUAAAGAUACAACGAAGGUCUGACUGACAAAGUAUCGUAUAAAACUAAAUCUAAAGAAAGCCUUAUCGAAUGAACAGCCGAUCUUACACCCUGAGAUGAGCAGAACAUUUUAUGCAAAGAAAGAAGCUCCAGAAAGCAUUAUCAAAGCUCAGCAGUCUAUCUCAAAGAAUACAAAUUAUGCAUGUAAUAUUAACUCGAUAAAUUAUGAAUCUGACAAUCCAAUGAAGGGAAACCUGAGAAACACAAAGUGCCCAAAAAGUAAAUUAAGAGACUUGGAACCCAGAAAUAGCAAGGUGAAAGAGCAAAAGCAGGAACAUUGUAGAUUUGCAAGCUCCCAAGGGUUCAAUUCCCUAAGUUCUGGAGACUCUCAGGUGUAUAAAAUCCAGUCAUCUUCCUUUGUUGAUACUAAAGAUGUUGAUUAUUAUCAAAACUCAGUUGAAGAUGCAAAUCGGAUUCAUACCACUUCAUCUAUUCCUUCCAAUAUAAUCGCUAAAAGGAGAAGUAUAAUUGUCUCAAGAUCUGAAGUUGGGAAGAAGAGAUCUAAAAGAGCAUUCGGAGCUUCCAAUGGGUUUCAAAUCCUAAAACACCUCAAUAUGAAAGAAGACCUAGUCAAAAAUAGUGGCAAACUUCAAAGAGAAUUUCUUAAAAAUCGAAGAAAAUCCGUCAAUGGAAAUAAGAGCCAAAGUUUAAAAGAAUUUGAAUUUGAGACAGGUCAACCAAGAAACAAGAGUCUCGCAAGCUUUUCAGUUGAGCGUUCAUCCAACCAUUUGGGAAAUGAUUCAUCCUUUAAAUUAAAUAGAAAGAAGAAGAUCAAGGUCAACACAGCCUAUGGAACAAGUUUUGUCUGCAAUAGGACCUUUGAAGAUAACUCCACCGCGGAGGAUGAAGAAGAAUCGAGAGAUUUCCUCCUAAUCAAAAAUACUGGUUCCCUCAUAAGAUUCAGAACAGACUCAACUGGCUUUCCUUGUAACAGGAGGCUGAACAAGUAUGACAUUUUACUCAAAGGCAAAAGGCAAUAAAUAAAAUGGGUCUUGUUUUAAUUAAAGAAUUUGU